AUGAAACUCCUCACGAAUUCCAUUCAACCUAUCUUUCCUUCGAAUUGGAAAGUCGUAUUGCAAUACGUCACUAAAUCGGUCUUGAAAGCGCAGUUUUUCUUCAUGUACUUGUCGGAUCCUGUCAAAUGUCGUCUGGUAGAGCAAGGCCUCGACGCACGUCUCGAUUCUGUCCUCUCAGCAGAGCUCCGUCUUGGAGAUGUCUCGAGCGGCGGACUUCCAAGGCACUAA